ACAAUGACAAUGGGGUGACGAUGCAAAAACUAGGGGUGCCGUGGGAAACCCAGACGAUUUUUCAGUGGCAACAUCAAACGCCAAAACCAGGGGACUUUGUUGCUGCGCCUCCCCACCCUCUCAUUUUUUAAGGUCCGCUUCGUCGCCGUCCCUCCUUUGCCUCCAAUCCAUCAUCCUCUCCUCUUUUCGAUUACGCCUUCUAGUCCCUCCUUCCUCUGUUUUCCCAUAAUAUCUCUCACUCCUCCAGAUUUCAUUUCUUUCCUUCUUUCUCCUAUUCUCAAGCAGAAGAUGGGUUCCCAACAGAACGAUGGCACAAGCUACGCGCCGUCGGAGCCGAAGCCAUGCGCCAACAACUGUGGAUUCUUUGGCACCGCCGGCACCAUGAACCUUUGCUCUAAAUGUUACAGAGACUUCCAAAUCAAAGAGCAGCAGGCCGCCUCCGCUAAAGCCGCCAUGGAGAAAUCACUCAACCCUAGAUCCGCUCCCUUACCUCAUCAGACCCGGGAAACCGACCCCACAGCGCAGUUCCUUUUUGGAACUCCUUCGGAAGCAUCGUCUUCAUCGUCCGCGGUUCUCGGUGGCGAUCAAGGGCAGCCAAAGGCGGCGAACCGAUGUAGCAGUUGUAACAAGAAGGUAGGGUUGACUGGAUUCCCGUGCAAGUGUGGGAGCACUUUCUGCGGGGCACAUCGAUAUCCGGAGAAGCACGAGUGUACAUAUGACUUCAAGGUUUCUGGCCGUGAUGCGAUUGCCAAGGCUAAUCCGGUGGUGAAAGCCCCAAAACUAGACAAGAUUUAGGAUCUGCCUGUGUCCUGCAACUUGUAUUUUAUUUGAUUAGCGCAUUAGAAAACGGUUUGGCUUAUCUCUCUCUUUGACUCUUCGUAGCUACUAGUUCGCGGAAUUAGAUUGGACGGUCCAAUAAAAAGUCUGAUACCUGCUUGGUUAUUCAUGGUCGCUGAAUAUUUGAAGUGGCUAUCUGCUUGUGCUUUCUUCA